UCGUGAACCACAGUUUGCUGACCCCUGGCGGCUCUUCCGUCUCAAAAGUUUGCCGACCCCUGUUCUAGACAUUCACAAAAAUGACUUUGUUCAGUCCUCACUCUCACCAUUGGAGGUGGGUUAUAUCUGUUUCACAUAGGAGGAAAGUUAGCUAAAGAACUUGGCCAAAGUCGCUCUUCCGAUAAGUGGCAGGCCCAGACUCUGAAGACCCCAAAUGUAAUCACAAUGCUCUCUGCCUCCUGGGGAGACCCUGAAAAGCGGGGCAUGCAGGAGGCAUUCCCUAUACCCCACCCCUGCUGAGCAACAGCCAAACAAGACAGCUGCUGCAGGCACCAACUGCAGAAGUCACUGAACUUUAUUGGAUCUCCUGUAGCCCUUAAGAGGAUUCAAGAGGAGGAGAGUAGACCUUCAGUGUCCCGCCUCUGCUUUAAUUUUACUCCUUGGUCAACUGAUCCCUUCGCGUCCAGCUCAGAGAGCUCCAGAGCUGCCUGUGAGUGAAGAGCGCCGGGACUGCAACUGGGCCUCUUUUUCCUCCCUUCUUGACCAACAUCUUUCGGGACCUUCUCUCCAGGACUAAGCUUGAGCAAGAGUCCAUGGAGCUGGGCCACCGAGCAGGUGAAACCACUUUGACCAGGGCCCAUCUGAACAAUAAGGAAGGCCAGCAGGACACGGACCCCAGGAGAGCUGCCCACAGUCCCUUGGAUACCUCCAAGUUCAAGUGCCAAGCUCCAGUCUCUCCGCAGCCGUCCCUGCACCAGGGAGGCAGCCCCCUGGGGCAUGCUCACCUGGAGGGGGUCCGGUGUCCACCCCCCACAGCUGUCAGCAGGGACUCCCUUGGGAUGGACCCACGGCCUGGGUCCCUGAAGAACGGGGGCUAUAGACCCCCCUCAAUGGAGAGCAGGGCUCCCUUCCGAGAGGGGGCUCCGCCAUGCCAGGGACUGAAGGAAAGCCCCAAUUCGGGGGCCCAGGGCCAGAGGAGCAGUGUCAUUCCUGACAACAUUCGCCACAAGUUUGGGAGCAACGUGGUGGACCAGCUGGUCUCUGAGGAGCAGGCUCGAAAGGCCAUUGGUGAAGCCUUUGAGGGUCAGAAGAGGGCAAGCUCGCGGCCCAGCAGGACCCAGAGUUCUGUGGAAAUCGCCUCCAUCUUCUCUGACUACUACGAUUUGGGCUACAACAUGCGGUCAAACUUGUUUCAAGGGGCCACCACAGAGAUGAAGAGUCUCAUGAAGGCCUCUUACACCCCAGAGGUGAUUGAGAAGUCGGUGAGGGACAUGGAGCACUGGCAUGGCAGGAAGACGGACGAUCUGGGUACGUGGGGAGCUGGGAGUAUGGGAGGGAGGCGCUCCCCUAAUUGGGCAGGGUGUGUUGGCUUCAAGGUCCAGACAGAAGCCAGCGUAGCUGAGAGAGCCCUGGCGUGGGCCCGGAAGAGAGGUAUGCGUCACCACCGGGGCCUGGGCACUCUGGAGGUCCCCUAGGUGAUGUGUUCUUGCUCCUGCCCUGAUCUCUGCAGGACGGUGGCACCAGAAAAACGCCAUGAACAUGAACUUGCAGAAAGCACUGGAUGAGAAAUAUGGGGAAAAGAGCAAAAGCAACAGCUCGAAG